GUUGUGAAAGAAGUAAGAAGGUUGCAAGUCGCCUUGGAACACACCCUCUUACAAGAAAACUUAGUUGAACUGGAAGAACACGAUGACAUCGCUUAACAACACGUCUGUUGUCAGUGGAACGUCUGAAAACUACGGAGUGAUCCAAUACCAGGAAACUCUACCCCUGCGUAUUUUUCGUCAUACCUUGUUCACACUGAUCAUCUUGGCCAGCUUGAUCGGUAACUCGGUCGUUUGUAAAGCAAUAUGGAGAGCGCCUCACCGCAAGCCGUUUUCAUACCAUCUCGUUGCCAACAUGGCCUUUGCAGAAAUCGUCAACUCUCUCUGCUUACCGAUCAUGUACGUCUGGCAGUUUGAAAAAGGAAACAAGAAUGUUGUCAUCCGCGAUAUCUGGUGCGUUGACAAUCCCAUCCAAGUUAUUUCAUUGAUGGUAGUAACUCAUUCGCUGGCAGGGCUCGCGUUCUACCGCUACCGAGUGCUCAUCAAUCCUAUCCAAAGACCUGUAUCUGGGAAAGUGAAGACUGUGAUCUUUUCCUGUUUGUGGCUUGUUUCUACUGCUGUCUGUGUGCCCAUAUUCGUUAUUCAAAACAGGUUCGUAGGUGGCCAUUGUGAAUGGCAUCCUGUUGGGAAUGGCUCUGCCUAUUUGCUCGUGUUAUUCACCCUGAAUUAUGCCCUACCCUACUUGGUCAUGCUAGCAUCUUACGGAGCGGUAGCGUGGAACCUAAGACAGCGAAUUGGCCAAAACACCUCCCAUGCUCGCAGUAACUCGGUCAUCCCUUCCUCAGUUGCACCCCUAGAACUCCACACCAACUAUCGGAGGAGAGAAACAACGACGCCAGAAGAACACCGACCAGGCCUAGUCUUAAUAGACGUGAAUAACCGUAGAUGCACCAAGCCAGAAAACACCAGUGAAGCCGAGCAAGAUUUGCUGAAGAUGAUAUUUGCGAUAAUUCUAAUAUUUGUGAUUUGUUAUUUCCCAUAUCAAGCCGUGUUUUUGUGGGAAAGAUUAGCUGAUGUAAACGAGUGGAAAUUUCGGUAUCAUAGCCUAAUGCGAAGGUAUAUUUUUAUAUUAAUUUGUUUGCCAAGUGCUUUGCAUCCUGUGUGUUACGGAACAAUGAACGGCUUUUAUGCUAAGGCAUUCUCUAAGAUGUUUCUUUGCAAAUCCUAAAAUCCUAACCAUGUUUCUUUUUUAUUUUCUUUUGGAGUAUGAUUUAAAGAAAGUUUUAUUUUUAAUAGCUG